CGGGCGCCGCGAUGCAGCGGCCGGGGGAGCCGGGCUCCGUGCGCUUCGUGCCGCCCGAGGGCUGCGCCGACCACCGGCCGCACCGCUACCGCAGCUUCAUGAUCGAGGAGAUCCUUACUGAGCCGCCGGGACCCAAGGGCGCCGCGCCCGCUGCCGCCGCUGCCGCCGCUGCGGGCGAGCUGCUCAAGUUCGGCGUGCAGGCGCUGCUGGCCGCAAGGCCCUUCCACAGCCACCUGGCGGUGUUGAAGGCCGAGCAGGCGGCGGUCUUUAAGUUCCCGCUAGCGCCGCUCGGCUGUUCCGGGCUGGGCUCGGCGCUGCUGGCCGCGGGGCCUGGGCUGCCCGGCGCUGCAGGCGCGCCGCACCUGCCGCUCGAGCUGCAGCUCCGCGGGAAGCUGGAGGCGCCGGGCACCGGGGAGCCGGGCACCAAGGCCAAGAAGGGACGUCGAAGCCGCACGGUGUUCACCGAGCUGCAGCUGAUGGGCCUAGAGAAACGCUUCGAGAAGCAGAAGUACCUCUCCACGCCGGAUAGAAUAGAUCUCGCUGAGUCCCUGGGCCUGAGCCAGCUGCAGGUGAAGACGUGGUACCAGAAUCGGCGGAUGAAGUGGAAGAAAAUAGUGCUGCAGGGAGGUGGCCUGGAGUCCCCCACCAAGCCCAAGGGGCGGCCCAAGAAGAACUCCAUCCCCACCAGCGAGCAGCUCACGGAGCAGGAACGCGCCAAGGAGGCGGAGAAGCCGGCAGAGGGGCCCGGCGAGGCCAACGACAGGGGCCACGAGGACUGAGCGUGGCAGAGGGUGCGGUCCGGGGUUCCCGGCGCUACCGCGGCCCCAUCAGCCCUGGAGAAGCCGCCAGCCGGCCAUUCCGCGUCCACAAUGUCUGCUUUCUAAACGUUAAUUACCUUGAAUGCGAACAGUUAGGGGCCAAACAAAGAAGGACACAGACCUUGAAGCCAAACCCAGGCCCCAGCGCACUCCCGGCCCUAGGCUGGAGACUCGCCCUGGCGGCAGAAGGUCGCCUUCGCCCGGAGCUCUGCGCACCGGACGCUCCACUUGCAUUCACGCCUCGCUCCUUUAUCGCACCCCACCCGUCUCGGGCGGCCCUUGGGCCGGGUCGCUGCAGGCACACACCCGCUUCCGUGCGUCGGGGACCCCGUGGCCGGGCAGGCCACCACGGCUGGAGACCGUGUCCAGAUAACCCGGAGGCUUUGCCCUGAGGCUGGGUCCCCGACGUUGCUGGGGCCCCUACCCCUCUCUUGCGAAGACGGUGGGUUUUUUUUUUCCAAUAAAAUAUUUUAUGACACA